AUGGACAAUCCCAAUGACCAUGACCCUAAUCCUCAGGGUGACCCAAAUCGAGGCGACCCAAGUCGACAGAGACAAGGCCACGCCCAGUUGAAUCAGCUACCUGCGCAGACUCCCCUUCCUCUUCGUAGUGUCUUCCCUCUUUCUACUCUCCGCCACCGAGGUUCGAACUCGGCUAUUACCAAUAUUCCCCUACUUCACAGUAUCCGCCGCCGAACUUUGGUCGGCAACAAGCACCACCUCCGCAAUAUUCUCCUUCGCAGUACGCAAAUUCAGGGUACACGCCCCCAUCGAACAUGGCUGCGAUUCACACGCCUCAAGGACAUGUUCCCUAUCGGCUGCAUCCACUGCCGGGGUCGUACUGCCCUGACCCAUUUACCCAAGCUCAAGCACCGGAAGGAACCUACCAAGGAGCAGAUCCGCGACGGCGAGCGGCCGUCGCUUGUCGGUACUGUCGAUGCCAUCCGUUGUUCGGGAUCUGAAACUUCGGCGGAUGGACGGUGCAGCAACUGUCUAAAAUCCGACCAAGAUUGCCUUUUCAUUCCAGUCACGUCGCCAACUCAAGCCUACGUGCCUGCGCACGCUGCAUAUCCCCACCUUCGAACUGGUCUGAAUGGAUACGCUGCACCUGGCCCAGAAGGGCCGGAAGGCUACCGUGGGCCACCAGUCCCCUGCGGUCCUCAUAGACAACCACUGGCCCAUCAGCAGCAGAAGCCGCAGGAUCCUGAGAUCAUCCUGCCCCCGCGUCAAGGGAUGUAA